GUGAACGGUGAUGUCGUCCGUCGGUGGCGUGACGUUACCGGCGGAGGCCCAGACCCCGAAGUGCAUGUCUUGGCGGUUCGACGACAGCUCCGUUGACCGGGCGGUGAUCGCACGCGUGCUCCGCAGUUCUAAAUAUAGAGUGACUGCCGUGGAUAGUGGGAAGAGAGCACUGGAAAUGCUGGACAGGGAGCAAAAUGUAAAAAUGAUAAUAACGGAUUAUUGGAUGCCGGAGAUGACAGGAUUCGAACUGCUAAAGAAAAUUAAGGGUUUGUCUCAUCUGAAGGAAAUUCCAGUUGUCAUAAUGUCGUCUGAAAAUAUACCCAACAAUAUCCACAGGUGUAAUUUCGGACAAAGCUCAAGGGCAUAG